GCGGUCCUUGAAGGCAGCACGUCGCCCUGCCACAGCGUGAUAUCCUUCCGCGGGAGAAGCGCGCGGCCCUUCUUUCCUCCGACUCACAGGAUGCGACCGGGCGGCGGAGCGACGACACGGUAACCGGUUCACCAUCACUACCAGAGCUAACCGGGAACUCCCGCCUCAUCCAGACCCGAGCAGACCCGCCCUGAGGCCGGUACCGACCGAUACUAUAAUCCUCUCAGAGAGCUGCGCAGCACCAGAACAGAACCAGAACCAGCAGCUAGACCCAGAGAGAGACCAGAGACCCGCCCGGGCCCAGAGAGAGAGCCGGGCCAUGGAGCUCAUCACCAUCCUAGAGAAGACCGUCUCUCCAGAUCGGAAUGAACUGGAGGCGGCACAGAAGUUUCUGGAGCAGGCGGCGAUAGAGAACCUGCCCACAUUCCUGGUGGAGUUGUCCAAGGUGUUGGCUAACCCGGGGAACACUCAGGUGGCUCGUGUUGCUGCCGGUCUGCAGGUGAAGAACUCUCUGACCUCCAAAGACCCCGACGUGAAGACACAGUACCAGCAGAGAUGGCUGGCCAUCGACGCCAACGCUCGCCGCGAGAUCAAGAACUACGUUUUACAGACUCUGGGCACCGAGACGUACCGGCCCAGCUCGGCGUCGCAGUGCGUCGCCGGGAUCGCCUGCGCAGAGAUCCCCGUCAACCAGUGGCCCGAGCUGAUCCCACAGCUGGUGGCCAACGUCACCGACCCCUCCAGCACUGAGCACAUGAAGGAGUCCACGCUGGAGGCCAUCGGAUACAUCUGCCAGGACAUCGACCCAGAACAGCUGCAGGAGAACGCCAACCAGAUCCUGACGGCCAUCAUCCAGGGCAUGAGGAAGGAGGAGCCCAGUAACAACGUUAAACUGGCCGCUACCAACGCUCUGCUCAACUCUCUGGAGUUCACCAAAGCCAACUUCGACAAGGAGACGGAGAGACACUUCAUCAUGCAGGUGGUGUGUGAAGCGACGCAGUGUCCCGACACCAGAGUGCGUGUGGCGGCCUUACAGAACCUGGUGAAGAUCAUGUCUCUGUACUAUCAGUACAUGGAGACCUACAUGGGUCCAGCGCUGUUCGCCAUCACCAUCGAGGCGAUGAAGAGCGACAUCGACGAGGUGGCCUUACAGGGCAUCGAGUUCUGGUCCAAUGUCUGUGACGAGGAGAUGGACCUGGCCAUCGAGGCCUCAGAGGCCUCGGAGCAGGGACGCCCCCCCGAGCACACCAGUAAAUUCUACGCCAAAGGAGCCCUACAGUACCUGGUCCCCAUCCUGACCCAGACCCUCACCAAACAGGACGAGAACGAUGACGAUGACGACUGGAACCCCUGUAAGGCGGCGGGUGUGUGUCUGAUGCUGCUGGCGACCUGCUGCGAGGACGAUGUGGUUCCUCACGUUCUGCCCUUCAUCAAAGAACACAUCAAACACCCCGACUGGCGCUACAGAGACGCCUCCGUCAUGGCGUUCGGAUCCAUCCUGGAAGGACCCGAACUCAACCAGCUCAAACCCCUGGUCAUUCAGGCGAUGCCGACCCUGAUCGAGCUGAUGAAGGACCCCAGCGUGGUGGUGAGGGACACCACGGCGUGGACGGUGGGGAGGAUCUGUGAGCUGCUGCCUGAAGCAGCCAUCAACGAGGUGUACCUGGCCCCCCUGCUGCAGUGUCUGAUCGAGGGCCUGGGGGCCGAGCCCCGAGUGGCCUCCAACGUCUGCUGGGCCUUCUCGUCUCUGGCUGAAGCAGCUUAUGAAGCUACAGACGCUGCAGAGGACCAGGAGGAGCCCAGCACCUACUGUCUGUCCUCGUCCUUCGAGAUCAUCGUCCAGAAACUCCUGGAGACCACAGACAGACCCGACGGUCACCAGAACAACCUUCGCUCCGCUGCCUACGAGGCUCUGAUGGAGAUCGUGAAGAACAGUGCGAAGGAUUGUUACCCUGCAGUCCAGAAGACCACGCUGGUCAUCAUGGAGCGGCUGCAGCAGGUCCUCCAGAUGGAGUCUCACAUCCAGAGCACCUCAGACAGAAUCCAGUUCAACGACCUGCAGUCGCUGCUGUGCGCCACCCUACAGAACGUGCUGCGUAAAGUGCAGCAUCAGGACGCCCUGCAGAUCUCCGACGUGGUGAUGGCGUCUCUGCUGAGGAUGUUUCAGAGCACCGCCGGCUCCGGGGGGGUCCAGGAGGACGCUCUGAUGGCCGUGUCCACGCUGGUGGAAGUUCUGGGCGCCGACUUCCAGAAAUACAUGGAUGCCUUCAAGCCCUUCCUGGGGAUCGGACUGAAGAACUACGCCGAGUAUCAGGUGUGUCUGGCGGCGGUGGGUCUGGUGUGCGACCUGUGCAGAGCUCUGAUGUCCAACAUCCUGCCUUUCUGUGACGAGAUCAUGCAGCUGCUGCUGGAGAACCUCGGGAACGAGAACGUCCAUCGGUCGGUGAAGCCUCAGAUCCUGUCGGCGUUCGGCGACAUCGCUCUGGCCAUCGGAGGAGAGUUCAAGAAGUACCUGGACAUCGUCCUGGACACGCUGCAGCAGGCCUCCCAGGCUCAGGUGGACAAGACGGACUACGACAUGGUGGACUACCUGAACGAGUUGAGGGAGGGCUGUCUGGAGGCGUACACCGGGAUCAUCCAGGGCCUGAAGGGGGACCAGGAGAACGUUCACCCUGAUGUGAUGUUGGUGCAGCCUCGGGUGGAGUUCAUCCUCUCCUUCAUCCAUCACAUAGCUGAGGAUGAAGAUCACUCUGAUGGAGUGGUGGCCAACGCUGCCGGACUCAUCGGCGACCUGUGCACGGCGUUCGGUAAAGACGUGAUGAAGCUGGUGGAGGUUCGUCCGCUCAUCAACGACCUGCUGACGGAGGGUCGACGCUCCAAAACCAACAAGACCAAGACGCUCGCUACCUGGGCCACCAAGGAGCUCCGCAAGCUCAAGAGCCAGGCCUGGUCAGACCCCAACGCACACACACACACACACACUGAAACACAUACUCUGGCGUCGUCACGAUGCCAAAAUUGUGACUCUGAUCUGAUACUCCGCCUAAAUAUCUGGAUACUGAAACGAUACUGCAGCUAAAACCUAAAACCAGAGGUCAGCAGCCUGCGUCUCUUCAGCUCCUCUCCAGCGGCUCUCUGUGGAUUAUUAAACAUGGAAAUGAAUAACUGUUCUUUGUUUACAUUUUCAUGUUUAUUGAUCCUAGGUCCAUGGUUCAACGGUACGACGGAGUAUUAGGAACACAUUGAGGGAAAAUACAUCUGAGAUUU